AUGGGAGUAAACUCUAUGCCAGGAGGUGAAAUGAGGUUGACUGGAAUGCCCGUGGACUAUUUGGGCGGAACGACUCUGACCAAUCACUGGAGGGGCGCCACAAUUAUUCACUGCAGCCUUGCCUCCAAUUUACGCCACAGACCACCAAGGCUGAACGCAUCAAAAGACGCAAUUUUGUUUGUCGCCAGCAUCAUCGCCAGCAACAGCCCUGGUGUAGGCACGACAAGCGGGCAGGGUUUUGAAAUCCGAGCUUGCAACGAUGCAGAGGACAAGGCCGUCCCACGUUUGCCUGGGCUGCCUGGCGCGCAGCUACCGAGGGCAGGCAUGGCCGAGCUAUCAAGCCCGCGCCCCGAGAUGCGACAGCCCAAGCACAAAGUCGUCGCUCGUCUACAGACGGAGGUUCAAUCCCCAAGCUCCAACUUCGUCGAUCGCGAGCCAGUGCCACCUCCAGCCGGCAGGCGCAAGUCCCAUGGCAUUCCGAUACGGCCUAUCAGGGAGCGGUUGCGAGAGUGGGAGGCAAAGAACCCCAAAGUCCCCCAAGAGCCAAGGGAAGAUCUGGCCUCGAAACCAGGCGCACCCGAGAACAGCCUCACUCGCACCGUGAGCCCGUUCAUGGUACACCUGGACGACGACGAGGUCCCCGCCCAACCCCUGUUCGACGGCGAAGAGCUCGCCGAGGUACGCUGUGACACCACGUUGGUUCAGGCUGGUGACUUGGUAGAGGUCAGCUCUUCCUCUUGGAGAGUAGCGCUGCUUGCUGUCUGCCUAGGUCGCUUCAACGGCUACGACCACUUCUACACCAACACGGGCAAAUGGUUCACGAGCCAGUCGCUCCGCACAUUAUUCAAAGUCGACGGCUUUGUCAAGGAGGAUGAGCUCGGACCCGUCAUCGAGGCCCUGCCCUCCGUCGAGUCCCCGAUCGAGACUCUCAAUACCCUCCAAGACUUGAAGAUGGGCCCGUCAAGAAACGUCGGGGCCAACCUCAUCAGCAGGAUGCAAGCCUUCGCCGCCGAGUCGGACACCGUUCACCAGGCCAACUGCGCGCGGUUGGACAAUGCGUUCGAGCUCCUGGAACAAGAUGACGCAAGAUAUAUGUCCCUCGAUGAGAUUGCUAAUGCUCUCCUGCCGGGGCAUAUCAAGUCCAAGGGAAAAUUCAGGCCCGCGGCCCUGUACGCUGUCCACAAGGCCAUCCUCACCGACGACCUCGCUGUUCGACCGCUUAGCGACCUCGGUCACAACCGCUCUUAUCUGUUCGAGAUCAGCCCGCGCUGUGAUGUCGAGAGGGCUGAACGGGUUGAGGCUCAAGUUCGAAGAUUCCUAGACGAGCAUCUGCGGCUCAGGGGUUCUAUAUCGGAUCAGAAACUCGAAAAGAGUGUCCUGGGCAACUUUCUGCUCAAGGCCCGGCAAGCAAUCGACCAGAGUCGCAGAUCUCGAUCAUGGUCGGCCCAUGGAGUCCUCGGGCCCUUCAACAAGGCCCAAGAUGCUGAGCCAGUACAGUGGUCUACUCUGGAUCUGAACUUUAUACAAUUCAUGCACAGAUGGGCCGGCUUUGAAGACUAUCCUCUCAACUCGCGCGUGCAGUGGAUUGGAGCGGCCAUUUUGAGAGCGGUGGAGCGAUACCAAGACUCAGAGUACCUGACAGCCUCCACUGGAUGGACGUUCUUGCAAGAAAUUGGAUAUCUCAAGCCCUGGGAUAUCCAGGCUCGGUAUAGCACCCGCAUCCCCGGCGUUGUACCGAAUCGGCAGGGCAGUCUUGACCGGGUACAGCCUGCCUCGCUGGUGCUGGAGGAGGACAUAUUUGCCGGGACACGGAAAGCAUGGAAAGGCGUUACUGCGUACUGCAUCGACUCGGCCAGCACGACCGAUAUAGACGAUGCAGUAUCUAUACAGCCUACCGAGACACCGGGAGAGUAUUGGAUCCAUAUCCACGUCGCCGACCCAGGCUCCUGCAUCCGGCCGGGCAGCAGCCUUGCCGAGUUUGCAAAACUCGUCCCACAGACGGCAUAUCUGCCGGGUCAUUUUGAGCGCAUGUUUCCAGGGGAUCUCGUGCGCGAGAGGUUCUCGCUCGCGCCAGACCGGCCGUGCCUGACCUUCAGCGCGAGGGUGAACGAGGAGGGCGCCGUUCUCGAGCACGACAUCACUCCAGGAACCCUCGACAGCGUCAUCUACAUCGAGCCCGCCGAGGUUUCCGCAGUCUGCGGCGUCGAACCCCCCAGCCUGGAUAUCGCCCAGCAGGUCUUUGAAGUCGGCACGCCCCGCAGCCUCGAGUGGCCGCCCAAGCGCGAGAUGACCACCGCAGCCGAGCUCUCCGCCCAGGACGCCUCCAACCUGCAAACCCUCUCGAGGCUGGCCGCGGCCCUGCACUCCGUGCGCCUGUCCAAGGGCGCGAUGCCGCUGUACUGGCCCCGCCCCACCGCGCAGGUCUCCCUCGCGGACACGCAGGUGACCGAGCUGGACCACGGCUUCUUCCGCUGCGCCGGCGACCCGUACAUCCGCGUCUCGUACGGCGGCAGCAGCGCCACCACCAGCAGCAGUAACCCGCUCGUCGAGAGCACGAUGCGCCUCGCCGGCGAGGUCGCCGCGCGGUGGUGCGCCGACCGCGCCGUGCCCAUCCCCUUCCGCGUGCAGCCCCGCGCCGCGGCGGACGGGCCCGGCCUCGCCCGCCUCCGCGCCUUCGCCGAGGAGGUGCUCUACCCGCCGCUGCGCGCGGGCCGCCGGCCCCGGGACGCCGACGCCCGCGCCAUGCGCGCGCUGCUCGGCCACGACGACGUCGCCGCCGCGCCGGGCCGCCACUUCACCAUGGGCGCCGACGCGUACGCCAAGGCGACGAGCCCGCUGCGGCGGUACGCGGACCUGCUCGUGCACUGGCAGGUCGGGGCCGCGCUGCUCGAGGAGCGGCGCAGGGGCGCGAGCCUACGUGUCGUCGCUGCCGGCGGCGGCGGCGGCGACCGGAGCUUCCUGCCGUUCAGCAGGGCGCAGAUGGAGGACGACGUCCUGCCCAUGCUGCGCGUGCGCGAGCGGGCCAUGCGCGCGCUCGACAACGCCGACGGCGCGGACCAGUGGAUCCUGCAGGCACUCGUGCGGGCCUGGAAGUGGCCCGACCACCCCGCCGCCGACUCGGCAUCGGCAGCGGGGAACGGCAGCAAGCUGAAGCUGCCGAGCGAGUUCCGGUUCGAGGUCCUCGGCGUGGCGCCCAAGCGCGGCCUCGUCCGCGGCCGGCUCGACUGGUUCGAGCGGCCCGCCGUCAUGGAGCCCGAGGGGCUCGAGGCCGCCGGCGUCACGGUGCGGUCGGUGCGCGCCGGCGACGUGUUCCGCGUGCGGCUCGAGGACGUCAACGUGCCCGAGAGGCGCAUCUCCGUCCGGGCUCUGGAGAGGGUUGUCAGUGCGGAGGAGUGA